AUGAGUGAGAGAGAGAAAGGUGAUCAUGGGAAGAAUCCUGGCAAAUCAAGUGAAGAACUUGACAUUCUUCAAAGAAGUAAUAAGAGGAAUAAAGGUGAGGGAGAUCAGUUUUCAAAUGAUGUAUCUAUGAUACCUAGACAUGAAGGUUGGAUGGAAGAUGAGAAUGGCCAACGUUCAACCUGGAGGGAAAUUCUGAUGCGUCAUAAUGGAGAAGAUGAUGAAUGGGAAGGAGAGGCGUCUGCCGAGGAAGACUCAGAUGGGGAGGAACCUGCUGAGGAAAAGGAUGUCAACCAUGGAGGAAUUAAGAUGUGGGAGGAAGAUGAUGGGCGUACUUAUUUUAGUUGCACCAAAAGAGCAAGGAAGAGAAUGAGGAAACCUUGGGAGAAAGCUCUGAUUGUUAAACUCCUUGGGAAGAAAAUUGCGGUGGAGUUUAUGAAGAAAAAAAUAAAUGUCUUAUGGGCUAGAAAAGGCAAAAUCAAUGUCACUGAUAUUGGUAAUGACUUUUUCGUAGUCCAGUUUAGUGAGAAGGAUGAUCUCAAUUUUGCGUUGAACGGUGGUCCAUGGAUUGUUUUGGGUCAUUAUUUAUCGUUGAGGAAGUGGGAACCAACUUUCAAACCUAAUAGUGCUGGAAUUGCUAAGAUUGCUGCUUGGAUUCGUCUACCGGAUAUUCCCAUUGAAUUCUAUGAUGAAGCUUUUUUUAGAAGGAUUGGAAACUGGUUAGGCAAGAUGAUCAAGGUAGACAGCAAUACAAAUGCUCAUGUAAGAGGACGGUUUGCAAGAAUAUGUGUGGAACUGGACCUAUCUCAGCCAUUAAAGGGUGAUUAUGUGCUGGAAGGAUUUACCAAACAAAUUGAGUAUGAAGGAUUAGGGCUCAUUUGUUUUGGUUGUGGGAAAUAUGGACAUAGCACCGAGAAUUGUUCAGCUGAUCCAAAGCAACGCAGUUCAUCCGAUAUUCAUAAUGACGAUCAAAUUCAUCAAGAGGAACCUGGCAACUCAGAAUUCCAUCGAAGCAAAGGAUUGGGACCUUGGAUGGUUGUUAACCGUCAACGCAGGAGCCGGCAACCUCCUCAGACGGCCGGUGCAGUCCAGCCAGACGCUACUGGACCUAUUAAUGAGGAGGAUCAUAAUCAAAUAAUUAAUUCUGUUACUCCUCAUAUGGGGGCCCCUCAGUUUGAAAUUCCUCAGAAAAUAUGGACUAAAUCCAAAAAGUCCAAAGAUACCCCUAGGACUAAAUCAACGGUUCCUACUAUGCAUGCGGCUCAUUCUUCAAGCACGGGUAAGAGGUGUCCAGUCCAGAGUGAAAAUCGUGAAGAUCAUACUCCCAUUCCACCAUCUCCAUCAAUUGCUACUCCCAUGGCGGUUAGUCCUAUGCAAGCAAAUCAACAUGAUCAGGAAAAUGGGAUGAGAGCAGAUAGCACUUUGAACCAGAAUCAAGAGCAGUUAUAUGACACAUUUCAUAAAACUGGUCCUGAUAUAUUAAUUGACAACAGCAGCGACAUCCAAAAUCCUGAAACCUCAACCAUCUCUACGUGCAUGGAGGUGGACAGAGUUCACCAGGAAGAUAUUUCAAGAAUGAAGGAUGCAAGAACCUUGGAGGGAGCAGUGAAACCCCAGUUUCAAAAAUCGCUUUUUCUGUUUACUAGGAAAUAUAAGCCUAGUAUUGUAGUGAUUCUAGAACCUCGGUGUAGUGGUCAAAAAGCUUCUGACAUUAUCCGAAAAUCUGGGUUUAAGCAUGCUUUUGUUCAAGAGGCAGAAGGUUACUCAGGGGGUAUUUGGAUCCUCUGGAAUGAUGAGACUGGUCUCGUUGAAAUUGUUAAUCACACAAAACAGUUUGUUCAUUUUAAAGUUCAGAAUUUUCAUGUUCCUUCCUUUUCUUGCACGGCAGUUUAUGCGAGUCCUAGGGAAGAAAAUAGAAAGGAGCUAUGGGAUGAUCUGCUAAACAUUAGUAUCCAUUGUAAUAGGCCGUGGUUGGUGGCUGGGGAUUUUAAUGAAAUACUGCUGGAUCUUGGAGGAUCAGGUCCUUGGUUUACAUGGAAGGGUCCGAAGUUUCUUCAUCUUGAUCGUGUUUUUAAGAGGCUGGAUCGAGCCUGUGCUAAUGCAAGUUGGAAGACUACCUUUACUGAUGCUGGCGUUAAUGUACUUCCACGGAUUUAUUCUGAUCAUAGUCCCAUUUUGGUCUACUUGUCUAACUUGGACACAGGUUGGAAAAAUCGUCCCUUUCGCUUUGAGAUUGCUUGGAUGGAGCAUUAUAACUUUACUCAGUUUCUGGCUAGGAGCUGGAAUGUUGUGAAAGACACUAGAACGAAUCUGCAUGAUCUGACUCCAAAUUUAAAAAGAUGGAACAAGAUAGUCUUUGGCAACAUUUUCAAUAGGAAGACUAACCUAUUGCAUAGUAUUGCAGAAAUUCAGAAUCAUGUUGAUUAUCAUACCAACUUAUCUCUCCAAUCUAGAGAAAAAGAGGUUAGGAAGGACCUUGAUGCGGUUCUCAUACAAGAAGAGAUCUUAUGGUUUCAAAAAGCCAGGGUGAAAUAG